AUCAUGGACACAUCCUGGCAGAUACGUAUUCGAGAUUUUGAACGAUCGCAAGAUGGUUGCGUUUAUUACAUUGUCGAGGUUCAGACUCCUGCUCAAGAGCUUGGAGGAAAGCCGGUCGCUGUGUGGUCUGUUAACCGCCGCUUCUCGGAUUUCCUCACCCUUCGCAAAGCGCUCAGAACCGCAUAUCCCCUCUCCAUUGUUCCUCCACUUCCUGGGAAAUCCGAUAUCAUAAGCACCGUUUUGCAGCGCUUUUCGCCCAAUGUAACAACACCCCCAGCUCCAUGCGGUUCUUUACCAAUGGUUGAGCAAUUGUUUUCUCCUGGACGCGUGGAUUUUGGACUGAUCGACUACAGAUGUUAUGCUCUUCAGUCUUUCCUCAGGCAUUGCCUACUUCACAGCCGCCUAUCCUGUGAUCCACUGUUGAGAAACUUCAUGAGUUGUGAUGUGGACUGGACAAGUCAUCUCACGUGUAUCCCAUAUAAUCCUCGUUCACCCACCUCGCUCCCAUCAUCUCCGACGUUGUCGAAUAGUCCCGUCUUAUCUCAUGUCGAAUGCACCUCAGACCUGGCCGCAGAUUCUUCCAAUCGGACCAUUCCGUCUUCCGAUAUCAGUUCGAGUCUAUUAGUCAGCAGGACGUCUGCCAUGAAGACUGCAUUUCGUCACAUUCGGACUUGUCAGGAAAAGCUGGCUAAAUAUUCCGGACGUGCUCACCGUUUGCACAAAGACUACGCCGAGGCCCUUUGUCAGUGGAGUUGUUACGAGAAUAAAGCAACAGCCGUUGCGGAUGCAUUACAGGUUGCAGGACACGAGUGUGACAGUUAUUCAUUUAUAAUGGAUUCUGUGUUGGAAGAAGCUGCAGAUCUCAUGGAACAAUUCAGCAUCUUGGAGAAUUACGGGACCAGCCUCACAGAAGUUCGCCAGGCUUACCGUGCCAUGCAGGAUCAGUCAGAUUCCACACACACGCGUGGCUCCGCUGCAGAAGAUACGCCCCUUGCAGCGCAGCCUGUCUCUACCUCUCCUGGGAAAGAAGUACUACUCGAGGUACUCCAAUUCGAAUCUCUCUAUCGGGACUCUUUGAAAUCCUUGUUCCAUACAUUUGCUUGUCUUCAACUACGGCGUGCAGAACGUUGUAAACGCAUCUGGGAACGCAUUUUGACUCACGUGACAAAUGCAUCCAAAAGCUUGUCUCCAGAGACAGACGAGAAUUCCACUUGAUCUCAGCCGUAUAGUCGUGAUUUAUGAGACGACAAUAAUUCCAGUAACUCGGCAGUCUGAUUUUCUCUUAUCUCAUUCCCUAUCAAUAUGCUGCGCUUUUUAUCUAAUGUUUACCUGCCGAUUUCUCUGAGAACCAGUGUCUCUCCAUAUUUUCCUUGUCUAUCGCCAA